AUGAACUCAGAGAACCUCACCUGGGCCGCGGUUGCCCCUGCUGAAUUCAUCCUCCUGGGCAUCACAAAUCGCUGGGACCUGCGUGUGGCCCUCUUCCUGACCUGCCUGCCUGUCUACCUGGUGAGCCUGCUGGGAAACGUGGGCACGGCACUGCUGAUCCGCAUGGAUGUCCGGCUCCACACAGCUAUGUACUUCUUCCCGGCCAACCUCUCCCUGCUGGAUGCCUGCUAUUCCUCCGCCAUCGGCCCCAAGAUGCUAGUGGACCUGCUGCUGCCCCGAGCCACCAUCCCUUACACAGCCUGUGCCCCCCAGAUGUUUGUCUUUGCAGGUCUGGCUGACACUGAGUGUUGCUCGCUGGCAGCCAUGGCCUAUGACCGCUACGUGGCCAUCAGAAACCCACUUCUCUAUACAACAGCUAUGUCACAGCGUCUAUGCCUGGCCUUGCUGGGGGCAUUAGGCCUGGGUGGGGCAGUGAGCGCCUUUGUUCACACAACCCUCACCUUCCGCCUGAGCUUCUGCCGCUCCCGGGAGAUCAAUAGCUUCUUCUGCGAUAUCCCUCCACUGCUGGCCAUCUCAUGCAGUGACACCAGUCUCAAUGAACUGCUUCUCUUUGCCAUCUGCGGCUUCAUCCAGACAGCCAUGGUGUUAGCUAUCACGGUGUCUUAUGGCUUCAUUGCUGGGGCUGUGAUCCGCAUGCGCUCGGUCGAGGGCAGUCGGCGAGCAGCCUCCACCUGUUCCCACCUCACAGCCGUGGCCAUGAUGUACGGGACACUCAUUGUCACGUACCUGCAUCCCAGCUCCAGCUAUGCCCUGGACACUGACAAGACGGCCUCUGUGUUCUAUACCCUGGCCAUCCCGGCUCUCAACCCACUCAUCUACAGCCUCCGCAAUAAGGAGGUCAAGGAGGCCCUCAGGCGGACCUCGAGCCGAUUCCACUGUCCAGGGCAGGGGCCCCAGUGA